CUGCAGCUAUCGUUACUGUUGUAGUAUCAAUGACUCGGAAGGACUCGGAUGAUUACGAAAUGGAGGAGUCUACGUCCUCCUCGUUGAAGGAGGUGCGGGAGUCUGACGAUGAAGGAGAGGAGGAAGAUGAGGAUAUGUCGGAAGCUUCUUCCGAGGUGGAUGAGGGCUUGGAGGCAGUUUGGCAGGCUGUGGGGGAGACGUUGAAGUCCCUGGGCAUAGGCUCGGAGCAGCUACCUCAAUAUGGUCUUCACUUUCCUGGUUGUACCGCCAAGCCCCUAGGACAGGUCUUCAGCCUACCUAACUUGAACAAGGCUGAAGGGACUCUGUCUGCGAAGGAGCAGGAGGAGUUCUGUCGUCGCCACGCCCAAGUGACAGAACACUUGUUGAGUAUGUUGGUGACGGCCACUCGAGCUCAGGAGAAGGCUUUAGCACAGGUCCAAGGAGCGCAAAAGUAUGAGCCUAGUGGAGAGGACGUUGGUACUGUUGGGGAGGCGUGGAGGGACCUGCCAUUGGGCCGUAUAGUAAAGUCGCUGCAACGGCGAGUUUACUGGGGCGUAAAGCAGACCGGGCAGUCGGUGGCGCAGCUCAGUGAUUUGAGAAGGCCCGGGGGCACAGGCAGCACUAGGAGGUUCCUGGACUGGUACUUGGAUGCUCUGCUGGAUAGCUGUGGACCGGAAGGCUCGGUGGAGGGCGAUGUAGGAGACGAUGUUGAGGCGCUGAGGGCGAGGGAGGGGGCUACAUGGGGUCCGCAAGAGUUACGAACCCUACGAAGGUGCUUGACACAAGGAGUUGAGCACAUGGAGAGCGAGGAGAGAGCUCUUGUGGAGGAGGUCCUUACCAAAGCUGCGGAACUACGUGGAUGAAUACAGUGAAGCACUUCUUCAUCGGUAACGUUUCUUCUC